UUUUAACGCUAGGUUGUGAUGAGGAUGAGUUUUGGCAUACAUCACCAAAGGGCGCUAGCACCAAAAUCCCUUCUAUGAGAUAAAGAAGGAAUAAAAUCUCAAUCUAUUUUCCCUCACUUCGAAGCCACCGGUGAUUUGUCUGUGGACAUAGAGAGGGAAAAGAGUAUAUAUGGCGCCAGUGCUCCAUUUUCAAAGCUCUCUCUCUACCGAAGCCUGAUAACUGUUUGCAACUUUCGUUCUCGUUUCUCUCUUCGCACCUUUUAUGAUUCAGUAAACUGAAUGCUGGUUUAGCCUUUCGCAGUAAAUAAUGGCAAAUUUAAGAAGUGAUUCCCCCCUUUGCCGUCGCAUUGUUCUUUCUUUCCUUGAAUUUCUCAACUCAGUCGAACCUGCUCCAGGCACUGAUUCUGAAGCACUUGAAGUUGUUAGAGAGUGCUUGGGGGAGUUUUUUAAGCUUAAUUCAUCUUCAGUUAAUGAUGUGCCACAACCAAAUUCACUCAUCAACAUUUUUAAUUCGCUGGAAGCAAGCGAACGUACCCCAAAUGCGAAUUUUGACCAUACGUCAACACCAGAAGGUGCAACUACUGCAACUACAGUUCAGCCUAUUUCCAUAUUCAAUGACACUGAGGCAUCAGCAUCCCUGAGUGCAGAUGGCAGCAAUGGUACACAAGUACCAGGAACUUCAAAAGAUGAACUGUUCGGGCUGUUUCUUGGUGCCCUUGAGAGAGAGCAUUUUUUUAACAACACAUCUGGGGAUGCUGACAAUAAUCAGCUCGCUAAAGCCAAGUGUGCAUUUGAUGACGCUAUCAAGGAACUGGAAAGCUCUGGUUGCAAACACUUUGAUGCCAAAGCCCUGGCUGAAGCAUUAAAGUCACUAGGAAACCGGGCGAUGCAAUCUAAGUUAUACACCAAUGCCAUUGAAUUGUAUACUUUUGCCAUUGCGCUCUGUGGGAGCAAUGCUGUUUAUUAUUGUAACAGGGCAGCUGCAUUUACCCAGGUCCAUAGAUAUAUUGAGGCCAUUCGUGACUGCUAUAACUCAAUCGAAAUUGAUCCUGAUUACAGCAAGGCUUAUAGCCGUUUGGGUCUUGCAUAUUAUGCUCAAGGGAACUAUAGUGAUGCCAUAAACAAAGGAUUUGCUAAAGCCUUGCUACUAGAUCCUAACAAUAGUCAUAUUCGAGACAACAUUCAGGCAGCUGAGGAAAAGUUGAAAGAGGAGUAUCUUAGAAGGGAAGGAAAUCAGGGUGCAGGGCCAAGCGAAAGCCAAGUCCGCAAUGGCCAAUCUGCCAGACCGAGAAACAGGAGUAUCCCAUUUCCUUCAAUGCCUUUCAAUGGUCCCCUUCCUACUGAUUUAGCAUCCAUGCUCAUGAACAUGGCCACUGGAGCAUAUAAUGUGCAGACCAGGCCACAAGGUUCAAACCAAGAAGAGACGGGUGAGCCUGAAAUCAGAAUUGAUGGGAAUAUAAGCCUCAAUUUUACGGCCUCGGAUACACCUGAAGAAGCAGCAGGUGCUUGGAGGUCUGUUAUGGACAUGUUUUCUAAUGCAGCAAGUGACUCUCAAGGUAGUCAACACAGGGAUUCAGCACCAAAUUAGUUCGUGAUUCGUAAGCCAAAUACCAUAGGAAUAUAGAGAAGAAAGAGAAGAGGUCUCUUUGUUUUGGGUGACUAGAAGGCGGCCUUUAGGCCUCUUGUAUUUGUUAAAUUAAGAGUAAACAAUCUUUUUCUGUAUGCUUGCUUCUUGUUUUUGGUUUGUUUGAUCGGAAUCCUGUGAAUUUCUUGGCGUUUUAGUAUGGAGUCAAGUACUUCUGGCCUUUCUAUUGUGUUUUUGAAAAUUAGAAAUAUCCUCAAUUUUCUUGUAAACUGUGAUUCUUGAGUGGCCUUGAUAGUGACCGUUAUUCCUUUAUGGUAGAGCGCAUUUCUUUUUUCUAUUUUCUUUA